UGGGAGUUAACGUGACGGAAAGACGGACGGGCUGAUAUUAAUGUCAGUGCUUUUAAAGCAUUUUUUUUCGUGAACUCGUGUUAUUAUUUGCAUUGCAGUCAGCCAUUGUAGAGCCGUAUGACAUUUGAAGCCAUGCGGCGGAGUAAGGCUGAAGUGGACCGCUACGUUUCGUCAGUACAGAGUUCCUCUCCUUCACUCAAAGAGAAGCCAGUCAAAGGAUUUCUAUUUGCUAAAUUGUACUUUGAAGCGAAAGAAUAUGACCUUGCAAAAAGGCAUGUUUCAGAGUACCUCAAAGUGCAGGAGAGGGAUCCUAAAGCCCACAAAUUCCUUGGACAGCUCUUCGAGAGAGAGGGGGACAUCAACAAGGCCGUGGGAUGUUACAAGCGCUCAGUGGACUUGAACCCAGCGCAGAAGGACUUGGUGCUGAAAGUGGCAGAAUUACUUGUUGAUAAGAAGGAACCUGACAGCAGGGCAGAGUUUUGGGUGGAGAAAGCUGCAAAGCUCUUGCCGGGGAAUCCAGCAGUCUUCAAUUUAAAGGAGCGUCUGUUAAGUUGUCAGGGCCAGCAGGGCUGGAACCAGUUGUUCGAUCUUCUCCAGGCUGAGCUUGCCGCCCGGCCAGCUGACGCCCAUGUGAAUGUGAAGUUAGUUCAGCUGUUCUGUCAGGAUGGCCGGCUGGAGGAGGCCGUUAAGCAUUGCCUCGCUACUGAAAAAAGGGGCCUGCUGCGCCACAGUCUGGACUGGUACACCCUGGUUUUGCGCACAUUACAGGAGUAUCUGGCUCAGCCCAGCGUUUCUAGUAAUGAAAAAAUGAGUCGGCGUCUCCAGAGAGAAGUUCUGCUGGCACACGGCAACCUGCUGAGACUCCAGCUGUCUGAGAGCAGUGUGCAGUUAAACCUGGAUGCACUAAGAAGUUUUGACGAAGCGAUGCAGACGCUGAGCAGAGAUGCCAGCCGCCACACAGACGAUCUCUUUGAGGUGUUUGCUGAGAUGAAGGGUCACCUCUACCUGCAUACUGCCACACUGCUAAUGAAAAUGGCUCAGGAGCGGCAACAGAACUGGAGGGCUGUUAUCGACCAUGCUACUCUCUGUUUACUGCUAGCAUAUCAGGUCCCCAGACCGAAGGCAAAAGGGACCAAAAGGGACCAGUCAGCCCCACAGCUUCUGGAGCUGCUGGCCAAUGACCGCCAGAGUCAGGCUGGGCAUAUGUUGUUCAAUCUGAGCACUGAUUUGCCAGCUUUAAUCAGAGAGGUGGUGGAGGCGUUUGGGAACCGCAGUGGUCAGGACUCGUUGUAUGUACUCCUCUGGGGCCCACAGGCCUCGGCUGGAUCCUCCUUUAUUGCUAAUGAUGACAUACGAUACGUUAACGCCAUGGCGCCGGAGGUCUCUCAGCUGGCCAAGUGGGACACUGGCUCCAUCCUGUUGCAUCGCGGUGACUUGCAGCAUCUAAGCUGGUUGGGCCUGCAGUGGGCUCUUCUGGGCCGAAGACCUCCCAUGCGGGACUGGCUACAGCAGCUCUUUCCAAGACUUACACUUGAGACAUCAAAACUAGACACAAAUGCACCUGAGUCAAUCUGCCUGUUGGACCUGGAGGUGUUUUUAUACGGUGUGGUGUUCUGUAGCCACUGCCAGCUUCAGGAGAAGGCAAAGAUCAGCAGUAGCAUGAACCAGCAACAGCAGCAGCUCUUUGAGCCUCGCUGCCUUCCUCUUCCUCUGCUCCGCCUCUUGACCACUGACAGACAGAGGGAGUGGUGGGAUGCCAUCUACAGCCUUAUUCACAAACGAGCAGUUCCUGGUACAUCAGCUAAACUGCGAAUUAUUGUGCAACAUGGGUUGACAACUUUAAGGGCCGGAGAGAAACAUGGGCUCCAACCUGCUCUGGCCAUCCACUGGGCUCAGUGUCUCAGCCAGACGGUUGAGGGAGUAAAUUCAUACUACGACCAGAAGGAGUACAUCGGUCGCAGUGUCCACUACUGGAGAGUUGUACUUCCCAUGUUAGAGAAAAUUAAAAACAGGCGCAGCAUACCAGAGCCUCUCGAGCCCCUCUUCAUACACUUUCGUUCCAAGGAUGUUCAGAUUUCAUCUGUGAAAUGUUUUGAAGAAGAAGCCAAAAUAGCAUAUGCUGUUCUCCUGGACAUCGAAGGCCGAACAGAAGAAGCAAUUGCAACUUUGGAAAGCAUCAACAACUUGUCAUCCACCUGGCAUUUAGCACAGAUCUAUCAGCGACUGUCGGAGGAGGCCAGCAGUGGGGUUGAGGAGACGCAGGAUAGGUGUAUAACCUUUCUGAGGAAGUUCAGGACUUAUCUGUCAAAGAUCUACAAUGCCAACGCAGAUGAUAUUGAUAAGCUACCUGUGUCCAUGGAGGAAAUUUUGGAUCUCCUGAAUGAUGUAAACCAGCAGCUUGGAGAGAGUGGGGAGGACAUAGAUGAAGAGGAUGACAACUUGGAGCAACAAAGGAGACCACCUCACUCUACCCCAGCUCAUCUAGCAGAAACCAGUGCCACCAUAUCCCAUAUCAAGUUUUCCACCCCUUCUCCUAACAAAAGCAUUGUUUCUCCUUCUAAGAGACUAAUUACUCCGAAGACACCACCUCAUUGGGUGGAGGACCAAAAAAGUCUACUUCAGAUGCUGUGUCAGCAAGUUGAAGCCCUCAAGAAUGAGGUUCAUGAUUUGAAACACAAUGCAUCAGUAAAUGCAGGAUCCCCUCAUCACAAGCUGUAUGGAGACAGCUUCAAGGCAGAGGGGCUGCAGGAACCCUUUACACCAGUCCAGUCCUAUCAUGGAGCCCCACUCACCGUUGCUACCACAGGCCCUUCUAUCUACUACAACCAGUCUCCAGCUUAUAAUUCUCAGUAUCUCUUGCGCACGGCAGCAAAUAUUACUCCACCUAAGGGCCCAAUGUACGGUGUGAACCGCAUGCCUCCCCAGCAGCAUAUGUAUGCCUACCAGCAGCCUACUCACACCCCUCCAUCACAGACUGCACCAGCCUGCAUCUACCCUCCACAGGAACAGGUUUUUGGUGGCCCUCUUCGGUUUGAAUCACCAGCCACAAGUCUCCUUUCACCAUACAGUGAAGAAUACUUUGGUCAGAGUGUGACCCAACAGACGACUAACCCUCCCCUUCCUGAACCUGGCUACUUUACAAAGCCAUCCGUUGUCCCCGUUCAACCACCAAAGGCAGUUGAAGGGAAGCCCGUGGACUUUGGGAAGCUCUCCUUCAGCCAGCAGGCUCCUGCUGAAGUCCCCAGGGUGCCUAGCUUUGGCGCAGGGGCAGUGGCUCAGUCUACACCUUCGACCGCAUUUAAAUUCAAUUCCAACUUUAAAUCCAAUGAUGGCGAUUUCACCUUCUCUGCUUCCCAAUCGAAGCACAGUGAAAAUCUUCUUGGUCUACUCACAUCAGACAUUCCAACUAAAACGAAUGCAGUUCCAGAAAGACCCCCUGGCCCCGAACAGCCCCCCAGCCAAACAAAUAUCUUCACAUUUGGCAAUAAAAACAUUACGAGCUUCUCCUUUGUUGAUGCUACAGAGAAUGCAGCUAGCGGAGGUCUUUUUGGGAAAGUGGAGCAGCCAUUUAAAUUUGGGGAUGUUGGCAAUCCAGGAUAUGGUGUAGGCAAGUCUGCUGCAGAGCAAGUAAAAGCAGUGGAGAGCGAUAAUGACAGUGCACAUGCUGAGGAGGAUGAAGACGGGCCUCAUUUUGAACCCAUCGUACCUCUUCCUGAUAAAGUAGAUGUGAAAACCGGUGAGGAAGAGGAGGAGGAAAUGUUUUGCAACAGGGCCAAAUUGUACAGAUUUGACACUGAGACAAAAGAGUGGAAAGAACGAGGCAUUGGCAAUGUAAAGAUUCUGAAACACAACACCAAAGGGAAGGUUAGGCUCUUGAUGAGAAGAGAACAAGUCCUAAAGAUCUGUGCAAAUCAUUACAUUACUGCCGAUAUAAUCCUGAAACCAAACGCUGGCUCUGACAAGUCUUGGGUGUGGAAUGCCAUCGAUUAUGCCGAUGAAGAACCAAAGACGGAACAACUGGCCAUCCGUUUCAAAACAGCAGAUGAGGCGUCGCUUUUUAAACUCAAGUUUGAGGAAGCCCAAAAGAUAGUGCCGAAAUCCCCAGAAAAGCACCCACAAGAAGAGCAAAAAGGGGAAAGCUCAAAAGACUCUUAUUCACUGGCAGCCCAGUUUGCUCUUAAAGAAGGGGAAUGGGAGUGCAGUGUGUGUUGUGUAAGAAAUAAACCCACCGAUUCGCGGUGCGUGGCAUGUCAGCAUGCUAAUUCUCAGUCUGCAUCAAAACCCGACUUUGCAUCUGUUGCUGAAACCAAACCCAGUCCGUUUACUUUCAAGUUUGGAACAGAUUCCUCAAAGCCCAGUGGUUCUGGCUCUACGUUCACUGGUUUUGGUGCUUUCGGAAACACGGGUUCUCCCUCAUUCGGAUUUGCCACCAACUUCUCAAAGCCUGCAGACACAACGACCAGCGCAUUUACUUUUGGCUUUGGCUCACAGUCAUCCAAAAAGCCUGGACAGUGGGACUGCGACAAGUGUUCGGCAAAGAAUGAGGCCUCCGCAGACAGUUGUGUUUCUUGUAAAACUUCUAAAACCACACCUGCAACAACCGCCCCCGUGCCAGCGGCCUCGGAUGCACCAGCAGCACAGUCCUCCACCGAUGUUGACUCUGGCUUUACCGCACUGUUUAGCAAGAAGCCUGGACAGUGGGACUGUAAUGUAUGCGAAGUAAGAAAUGAAGCGUCCGCUGACAAAUGUGUUGCCUGUAAAACCCCAAAUUCUGCUGCCACCUCAGCAGGUGGCACACCGGCAGUGUCAGGAUCUGGGGCAGGCUCUGCAAACAAAGAUGGGCAGUGGGACUGCAAUUCCUGCCUGGUCAGAAACGAUGCAUCCGCAGCCAAAUGCAUUUCAUGCAACGCCCCAAAUGACAGUUCCUCUUUGGCAGCCGUGUUUGGCAUGAAAGACGGAGAAUGGGAUUGUGACACUUGUUUGGUGAGAAACCAGGCCUCUGCCAGUAAAUGCGUCGCCUGUCAGACCCAGAAUCCCAGCGCCAAAAGCACAAGCAGUGCAGCUUCCUCAGCCUCCACUUUCAGUUUCGCCUUUGGCAGUAAGAGUUCAUCAAACCAGCCAGCUGCAACUGGAUUUUCAAUGCCAUUUGAAAGUGACGGCACUUUUCAGGUACGUCAGAGCAAAGGUGCCCCCUUCAAGUUUGAAGCUCCUCAGUCUGUCCCUACAGCCACAUCUUCAGGGUUCUCGUUCGAAAUGCCUGUUCCAACCGGUGGCUUCAAGUUUGGCAUUCAGGACCCUGCAAAGGAGUCAACAUCAUCUGAUAGUCAGACACCAUCAGGGUCAGCAUCCAGUUUUCUUAAAAGCAUAGCUGACAAACAAAAGGAAAAAGAAAAUGUGGAUCAAACAGACCAGGAUGAAAAUCCAUUAAUUUCUGGGAAAACCAAUGCGUUCAGCUUUGCCGACCUGGCUAAAUCUUCUGGAGGGGAUUUCCAGUUUGGCCAGACAGAUUCCAAUUUCAAAGGUUUCUCUAGAGCUGGAGAGCAGAUGUUCUCAUCAUUCCAGGCCACCCCCACUAAGACUGACUCCCAUGAGCAGGAAGAUGAUGGCAUGUAUAAAACGGAGGAAAAUGAUGACAUCCAGUUUGAACCAGUAGUCCAGAUGCCUGAGAAAGUGGAUGUGGUUACAGGUGAGGAAGAUGAACAGGUUCUGUAUUCUCAGCGUGUAAAACUGUUCAGAUUUGACACCACCACCAGUCAGUGGAAAGAACGGGGGGUUGGAAUUCUCAAAUUCCUAAAAAACAAUAGUAAUGGUCGGCUAAGGGUGCUGAUGAGAAGAGAGCAAGUUCUGAAGGUUUGUGCAAACCACUGGAUCAACACCACCAUGAACCUCAAGCCGCUGUCAGGCUCAGACAAAGCUUGGAUUUGGUUGGCCAACGACUUCUCUGAUGGGGACGCCAGACUCGAACAGUUGGCUGUAAAAUUUAAAACCCCAGAACAAGCCGAGGAGUUCAAAGAGAAGUUUGAAGAGUGUCAGAGACUUCUCCUUGACAUUCCCCUCCAAACCCCCCACAAGCUGGUCGAUACGGGCAGAACGGCACACCUCAUCCAGAAAGCCGAGGAAAUGAAAUCCGGUUUGAAAGACCUGAAAUCGUUUUUGACAGACGAGAAAACGAAGAUCAAAGACGACGACACACAGAGUGACAUCUCAAACCUAGUAACCAGGCCUCAAGGCGAAACCACCGGCCCGACUUUGGAGUGGGAUAAUUACGACCUACGAGAAGAAGCUUUAGACGAUACUGCCGACUCGUCCAUCUACGCCUCACCCCUUGCUAGCAGCCCUUUGAGAGAGAACCUCUUCCGCUUUGGAGAGUCCACUGGUGGGUUCAGCUUCAGUUUCCAACCGGGCAUCAGCCCCUCCAAGUCGCCCGCUAAGCUGAACCAAAGCAGAGCCUCGGUGGGCACUGAUGACGAGCAGGACGUGACGCAAGAUGAAGAGCGAGACGGCCAGUACUUCGAGCCCGUGGUGCCUUUGCCCGACUUGAUAGAGAUUUCUACCGGAGAGGAAAAUGAACAUGUGGUCUUCAGCCACAGAGCCAAACUGUAUCGCUACGACAAGGAAGCAGGUCAGUGGAAGGAGAGGGGAAUAGGAGACCUCAAAAUCUUGCAAAAUUAUGACACCAAGCGAGUGAGGUUGAUCAUGAGACGAGAUCAGGUACUUAAGAUCUGUGCCAACCACUGGAUCACCACAGUCAUGAGGCUGGAACCUAUGAAGGGUGCAGAGAAGGCCUGGGUCUGGAGUGCCAUGGACUUUGCUGAAGACGGAGAGGGUAACAUUGAGCAGCUGGCUGUCAGAUUCAAGCUGCAGGACACUGCAAAUGCAUUCAAACAGGUCUUUGAUGAGGCCAAGGAUGCACAAGAAAAGAAAGAGCUCAUGACCCCGGUGACAUCGAGAGCUGCUGCCCCAGCAGAGAGUGGAACACCAGGGUCUGCAAACACAACACCUGUAUGCGGCAAGGCGGCGAUCGCUGUCCUGGAAGAGACGACAAAGGAGCGCACCGAGCCUCCUCCUGACACUUGGCCAUGUGCAGCCGGACCCCAGAGUCCAGUCAACGCCACAAAGGCUGUUGUGUCUCCCCCUAAGUUUGUCUUUGGCACCGAUACACUUCAGAAGAUUUUUGGAACGCCUAAAUCCCACCCAGAGACUCAGCCCUCUACGUCUGGUUUGCAAGCCAAAGAUCCUGGUGGUCCUGCAAAGGCAGCCCUUGCUGCACCUGCAUUCAAAAUGAACACAGGGCUGGAUUUUAGGCUAUUCAAAGAUAACCCAAUGGCCUUUUGGACCAGCACAUCCACCCUCCAAUUUGAGCCCCCAGGCUCCCCUCAGGCAGGAGGAGGGGGCUCGGGGUCGGACGAGGACUCGGAGGUGGAAGUUGUGUAUGUCAGGGAGCCCACUGCCGAGCAGGCGGCUUUAGCCAAGAAACUUCAGCUGCCUCUCACAUUCUUCUGUUAUAAGAAUGAACCAGGCUACACCAGCGACAAUGAGACGGACGAUGAGGACUAUGACUCUGCAGUGAAAGCAUUGAAUGGAAAGCUCUACCCUGAUGUUCCACAGGCCGCAGCGUGUCCUGACGAGACAGACUGUCAGUUUGUGUGGGAAAAGAAGGCCACGCCUGAAGAAGAGCAGAAGGCGAAGAGCCUCCAGCUUCCCCCUACGUUCUUCUGUGGCUUGGGCACCGCAGAUAGCGACUCUGACCAUGACAAGUUGGAAGACUUUGAGACCGAGGUCCUCAUUGCACAACAAGCUUUGGUUUCGCAGUUCAACAGAGCAGAGCAGUCUUCAGCCAGUCCCGCAGAGGCCCCGGAGCAACCCGCAGAAGGUCCAUCAUCCAGCACCUCCACAGAAGAUCAGCAGACCCCAGAGCAGCCAAAAGAGACUCGGAGCGAGACUCCCCGCUGCAGCUCUCCCAUUGACCUGUCGACUAAGAAGAGUCCAGAGCAGGAGUCCAAAGCAGAGACGGAUGCUGCGGCCCCAGCCGCCACACCAGCCGGCCAAGACCUUUCCAACUUUGGCUUUAGCGCCAGCUCAGGAUUCUCUUUUGCUGACCUAGCCAAGAGCACAGAGGCAUUUUCUUUUGGAACAAAAGACUCUAACUUCUCGUGGGCAAAUGCUGGAGCCACAGUAUUUGGGCCUGCUGUGUCCUCUGAACCUAAAAACAAUGGUGAGGAGGACGGGAGUGACGAAGAGGAGGCGCCAAACGAUGCUGACAUUCACUUCGAGCCCAUAGUAUCUCUACCUGAGGUGGAGACAAAGUCCGGAGAGGAGGACGAAGAAAUCCUGUUUAAGGAGCGCACCAAGCUCUACCGUUGGGACCGGGACCUUGGCCAGUGGAAAGAGCGUGGUGUUGGUGACAUCAAGAUCCUCUUCCACCCCGCCAAACACUUCUACCGCAUCCUGAUGAGAAGGGAUCAGGUGUUCAGGGUUUGUGCCAAUCACACGAUCGCGACGGCGAUGGAGCUCAAACCCAUGAACACUUCGGCCAACGCGCUGGUCUGGACCGCCACAGACUACUCAGAUGGUGAUGGCGCUGUGGAGCAGUUGGCGGUCAAGUUCAAAACCCCCGAAAUAGCCGAAUCUUUCAAGAAGGUCUUCUGCGAGUGCCAGCGCCGCAUGGCAGAAACUGGCGAAGACGCCUCAUGCCUCUCCGCUCCGCAGAUGUCCAGAGUUCAAGAGCACUCCAGAGAGGACAACCCACAGGUGUACCUCAAAGUGGCCGCGGACGGCCAGCCGCUUGGCACCAUCACCAUAGAGCUCUUCUCCCAUAUCGUUCCCAAGACGGCGGAGAACUUCAGAGCUCUCUGCACCGGCGAGAAAGGCUUCGGGCUGCGGGACUCCAUCUUCCACAGAGUCAUACCAAAUUUCAUGUGUCAGGGAGGUGACAUCACCAAAAGCGACGGCACAGGUGGCAAAUCCAUCUACAGCGGAGCUUUUGAGGACGAAAACUUUGAUGUGCGUCACACAGGGCCGGGAAUCCUGUCAAUGGCUAAUCGCGGGCGCGAUACCAACAACUCUCAGUUCUUUAUAACGCUGAAGAAAGCGGAACAUCUGGACUUCAAACAUGUGGCUUUUGGCUGGGUUCGGGAUGGCAUGGAUGUGGUGCAGCAGAUGGGAGAGCUGGGCACCAAGGCAGGCCCUCCCUCCAAGAAACUUGUCAUCACAGACUGUGGACAGCUGUAGCCUUUUGAAUAUGAAGAUUUACAGCUUGAUUAAGUUUCAAUUCAAAAUAAUCCGACUUUGGAAACCAGUGUGUUCCCUGUGCUGUGCACAUCUGUAUGCUGAAUUCUUAGUCUUAAAGCUCUGAUCACAGGACUACAUGUUACGUCACUGAAACUUGCCUCAAUCUAUGGCAAUUGUUUUGCUGACCCAUACCUAAGAUGGUCACAAAUGGGAAUCGGCGUUGUACUAUAAUGAGAGGAGGGUUUUGGAGCAAAUGCUGUAGACCUUUACCCUCUUGCAUCUUAAUCAUCUGUCAAUAAUUUCUCAUAUUUGUUUAUUUUGUGUAUAACUCUACAUGAUUACUUUUUAACAUUUUUUUUUGUUGUUCUUGCUUGUAUUCUAUUUGAAUGUGCUGCUCCUCUUCAUAUGUCACACUGAAAUCUUCUUCCUUUUCAAAGGAGUUUUAAAUGUAGUUGAAAAUUAAGCUAGGUUUUUGAGAUCCCCCCAACAGAAUUGUAACCAUGCCCCGGCUAUCACCAAAUGCUGCCUCUGGUUGCUUCCUGAUGUAGGACUCAGCUAUUGAUUUAUUUUUUUCCUUCAUGAUGUUUAAGGAUUUUGCAGGGUUAGUGAUUGGACUUUUUAUUUGCCCUCUUAAACUCAAAUCGUUUCACUGUUGCCCUUUUCUUGGAAGACGACCAGAUGAGAUAACUUCUGGUUUAAAUUUUCCAGAAAAAGGUCCAUCACAUGUGUAGAUUCAGAUGAGCACAAAAGUUGAGAUGGUGCUUGUUGCACCAGAAUGAUGUUCUGACAAGUAAGAAAUAAAGUUAAUUUACAAGUAAUGUAAAGUUGUGAUUUCCUGUUGAGCCCAUCAAGUCAAUAAACAUAAAUGUGUAAUCUAAGCAAAAAGGC